CCUGGUCCUGUCACGAUGAAGACACUAACUCCCACGUUCCCAGACUCUCUCGCCAAUCUAUUUAUACGCGAGGAGUUACUCGAAUUCGGGAAGAGUGAUAUGUUCGUGAGUUCUGCAGAUUCUGAUCUCCUUUUGGCUCUCUCGGCUUUGGUUUUGGCGUUUGUUUGUGUUUACUGUGAUGCUGUGAGGCCCACUAGUUUUCUUUAUGAAAAUCUUGCUUUUUGCUCAUUAAUGGAGGAUUUGUUUGCUCGUCUAAGGACCUGGGCUUCAGAUAUAAGCCACCGAUUCAUUCGCUUUAUUGAGGAUCUUGUGUUCAGAGAUGUGAAUGGAUGCUCACUUUAUGCGACAAUCUCAUCUUCUGGGCGGUAUUCAAGAUCUUUGUGGAGCAGCAUUUCGCAAUCGAUUCUCCAUGAUUGUCCAACUUCUUCUAAGCCUUCUGAUACUGGUACAAGCGUCCAAAAUUAUGAAAGACGGGUGUCAGACUUAGAAGAACCCUUGCCUGUAAAUUAUGCUAAAGUUCUAGAAACCAGCCACAGCUUUUGGACUGGCCCUUUUCUUUUCCAAGGGUUUAGGCUUUCAUUAUUUGGAUUCAGACUAGCCUGGAGAUUGGCCUUUACAUGUUGGAGAAGUUCCUUCCUUCAUAUUAGGCAUGUUAAAAUUCGAGUCCGGAGUUUUAUAACUCGACUGCAAAGGACACUACAUGGAUCUUCCAGUGAUAUUGGAUGGCUGCAAAGAGCUCCUGGAGUACCACUUGUUAAGGAUGGUACAAUCAGAUUCACGGAACUGCUUGAAGGCAUAAGAAAUGGCGAGCACACUCUACCUAAUUCAUUUGUAUAUUUGCUUAUUCCAGGUCUUUUUAGCAACCAUAGUCCCUUGUAUUUUGUGAGCACAAAAAGGUUUUUCUCGAAGAUGGGUCUUGCUUGCCAUAUUGCAAAGAUUCAUAGUGAGGCAUCAGUUGAGCACAAUGCCUGGGAACUGAAGCAAUACAUUGAAGAACUUUAUUGGGGGUCUGGAAAGCGCAUUUUGCUGCUUGGGCACAGUAAGGGUGGGGUAGAUGCUGCUGCUGCUUUGUCAAUUUACUGGUCGUCCUUGGAUGACAAAGUUGCUGGUUUGGCACUGGUACAAUGUCCAUAUGGUGGCACCCCAAUUGCUUCUGAUAUUCUCCGAGAAGGCCAGAUUGCUGACAAGGAAGCGAGGAGGAUCAUGGAGCUCUUGAUCUGCAAGUUGAUCAAGGGUGAUAUUCGGGCCUUAGAGGAUCUCACAUAUGAGAAGCGGAAAGAGUUCAUCAUGAAGUACAAGCUACCAGAACAUGUCCCCCUAGUCUCCUUCCACUCGGAAGCGAGUGUGGCCCCAGGAGUUCUUGCCAUGAUGUCUCACAUAGGGCAUGCGGAGCUUCCAAGGUUUCCCUUUCCUAUCUUUGGUGGUGAGAAGUCUAAUUGUGUCCAACUGAGCCGCAAGGUGCCUGUGAUAAUCCCUCUUGGAGCUGCCAUGGCUGUGUGUGCUCUGCACUUACGACUUCGGUACGGAGAGAAGAGUGAUGGAGUAGUGACCCGCUGUGAUGCUGAAGUUCCAGGAUCUGUUGUUGUCCGACCAGAUCGGAAGCUCGACCAUGCCUGGAUGGUUUACUCGUCGCAGAAGAACAAUCCUUGUGAGCCUGAUGCUCGCGAAAUGUGUGAGACUUUAUUGACUUUGCUUGUGGAGAUUGGCAAGAUGAAGCAAAACCGUAGAGGACAAUACCAUUGAAGGGUGACAACAUAAUCAUGACAGAGAUACUAUAAGGCUGCUCAACAUGAAUUGAUACUAUUCCAUCCUCAAGAUUGGUGUUGGUUUGUGUGGGGAUACACAUAAAUAUCAUUGACAUUGAGAGAAGCAAUCGACUGAAAGAUGAAGAAGAGUUUGAAUCAUGCAGAUGCCUAGCACAACACAGCAGUAGCUUGUUAAGUGAACAAUCACAGUCAAACAAUCAAAGCAUGUUUUUUCAUGCUCAAGAAGCUUCUAAUAUUGAUACACCAAAACCUUGUUCCAUUGAUAUCGGUGUAAAUUCAUGUUUUGUGUUGGUUGUCUAGAAUUCAUCAGGUGCUGUGGCAGUGAGGAUUUCAAUCUUUUUGAAUUCUUAAUUUCAGGGAUUUUUCUAUAUGUUGGAUAAAUACCAGGAUGUGUUUG